UUCUGACGGGAUUAAAAUCACUGGUGAUACCAGCAGUAGCCGCCUUUUCUGACGAUUGAAUGUUGCGCUUAUUUCCGAAACUCGCCUUACUGCUCCGAAUAAAACCGUGCGUCCACCUGCCAGCGGCACUGCCGGGGCAGGCAGCUCAUUUCGGAUAUUUCCAUCCUCUGUGUCAUCCCACACAUCCGCCCGUUCGUGAAAUGCCUGGCCGCCUCUGGGCUGCAGGACAGAAUGAGGAUUGGCCUGGGUGUCAUCCCGCAGCCCUGUCCGCUCGGGGCAUUCUGGUCUCAGUGCGUUAGCUAGCUGACAGGUUUUAUUCUGAGAAGAAACCCAUGGAUUGUCCGGCAUGUUAAAGGGCUUAAUGUACAACAAACGUGAGGUUUCUCUCGGUUUGACUGGAACAAUGCGAAAGCAAGUGUGGCGGUGGCUCGACAGGGUUUCCGAAAACUACGAGCAGGAGAUGCUCCACAGGGCGUCUGCUGGUGUCUCUCCGCUCCAAGAAAAGAUGAGUUUACAAAUUCUCCUGUAGGAUACUACCACCUGCGGUUUAUCAAAUCAAGGCUGGAGAUAGCACCUGACGGCGGACACACCAGCAAACCCUAUAUGAAUGGUGAUGAGUCCACAUUGUGUGCUGCCACUCGGUCUGGGAAUUUAUUGGCGACCGGCACGAGCUUCUGUGGAAAAAACGGAGACAUGACAUGCACAAGAAAAAAGAGGAAACGCUGCUUUGGCUUCUUAAAACCCUUUGUUUUAUAAAGGGAGUCCGCAGCAGGCUUCCUUGAUACAUUUGACAAAGAUCUGGACCGCUGACACAGCUGUCAAUACAGCACCAGGUGCGGCUGCCUUUAUUUACAGUCGUUUCCAGCUAGUCAUUUGUCUGUGGGAACAGCCAGGUGGAUCUCUGUAGCACACAUUUCAUGUGGACUGCAAUAGACGGCCUGCCUGCUACAGUGUGGAGGAGAGCAGUUCACAGCAGGCUUUUGGAGAGGAUCAGAAGGUGAGACAACAUAAUACGCCAACAAAGGGACCCUACUCGAAAUGGGGCAAUGUGGAUUAAGGUGUUCCUGUUCCUUGUGAACCGCAGAAAGAAAGCAACCACGAGGACGAAGGAACGACCAGCAGACGGAGGAGGUGGCGGAGGAGUGGUGGCUUUGGUGUUUGAAGAAAAGCUGGGAUGGGUGGUGGGGCAUUUGGGAUGGCGAAUGGAAAUGAGAGCAGCGACGGGCCUGCUGGACCCAUGGCAGCAGUGGUGGCUACUGCAGGAGGUAUGGUAGCAGAGAGUCCUUCCUCUGCUGUCUCUACCUAUAUCAAACUGGUGCUACUAGGAUUGAUCAUCUGCAUCAGCCUGGUGGGCAACCUGGUGGUGUCUUUGCUUGUGCUGCGGGACCGGGCCCUGCACAAGGCACCUUACUACUUCCUGCUGGACCUGUGCCUGGCAGACACCAUUCGCUCAGCCAUCUGCUUCCCCUUUGUGCUGGUGUCUAUAAAGAACGGCUCAGCCUGGACCUACAGCGUGCUGAGCUGCAAGGUGGUGGCCUUCAUGGCAGUGCUCUUCUGCUUCCAUGCCGCCUUUAUGCUGUUCUGCAUCAGUGUAACACGCUACAUGGCCAUUGCACACCACCGCUUUUACUCAAAGCGCAUGACAUUCUGGACAUGUGUGGCUGUGGUGUGCAUGGUGUGGACACUGUCUGUGGCAAUGGCUUUCCCACCAGUAUUUGAUGUGGGCACCUACAAAUUUAUUCGCGAGGAAGACCAGUGCAUCUUUGAGCAUCGCUACUUUAAGGCUAAUGAUACACUAGGCUUCAUGCUAAUGCUGGCUGUGCUCAUUCUAGCCACACAUGUCGUCUAUAUGAAGUUACUUCUCUUUGAAUACAAGCAUCGUAAGAUGAAGCCAGUCCAGAUGGUACCAGCCAUCAGUCAGAACUGGACCUUCCAUGGGCCGGGGGCUACAGGCCAAGCAGCAGCCAACUGGAUUGCAGGCUUUGGCAGGGGCCCGAUGCCGCCGACUCUGCUGGGAAUUCGGCAAAACUUGCACAACCAGAACCGGCGCCUGUUGGGCAUGGAGGAGUUCAAAGCAGAGAAGCAGCUUGGCAGGAUGUUCUAUGUGAUCACCCUACUGUUCCUGGUGCUCUGGUCUCCCUACAUAGUUGCUUGCUAUUGGAGAGUGUUUGUCAAGGCUUGCACAAUACCACACCGGUACCUCUCCACAACUGUGUGGAUGAGUUUCGCCCAAGCCGGGGUCAACCCUAUUGUCUGUUUCUUCCUUAACAAAGACUUGAAGAAAGGGCUCCUUUCCCACCUACCAGCCUGCUGCAGGACUAAACCUCAUCUGCCACGAGAGCCUUAUUGUGUCAUGUAAACAGAGAUGAUGACCUAAACAUGGAGAGAAGAC